AUGAUUGCUUUUGAGAGUGUUCCUCCAUGGUAUUGGGAUAGUAUUGGGGUCUCCAAAUAUUGUGUAAAUGGCCGAGAGAUUUUGCAACCUAACCUUUGGGCUCUAUGGGGCAGAGAGGUUAGUGCCAUUGUGAUGUUUAUUUCGGAUCAAUGUAUUGCCUUGGAAAUUUCAUGCCAUCAAUCUACUGUUUAUGUUGCCGCCGUUUAUGCAAGUACUUUCUAUUUAAAGCGUAGACAACUUUGGGCUGAGCUGACAAAUUUACAAGGAUGCUUCCAAGGUCCUUGGUUGUUCAUUGGUGAUUUUAACGCGGUCCUGGGUGCUCAUGAGAAGCGUAGACGUCGGCCCCCUCCUCCUCUAUCGUGUAUUGAUUUUAUGAAUUGGUCGAAUGCUAAUCUUUUACAUCACCUUCCUACUUUGGGUGCAUUCUACACUUGGUCCAAUGGUAGGUUGGGCUCGGAUAACGUAGCUCUUCGUCUUGAUAGAGCAAUUUGUAAUGAAGAGUGGGUUAAUUUCUGGCGUAGCUCCUCUUGUUCAGCUUUGGGAAAUUCAGCUUUGGUAAGACAUCAGUCGGAUCAUCACCCUUUGCUUAUGUCUAUGGAUUUUUGUACGUCACAACGUUCAGGGAAUUUUAAAUUUUUUAAAACUUGGACUGAACAUGAAGAUUGCCGGAGAAUUGUUGCGGAAAAUUGGUCUAAACAUACUAGAGGGCAUGGAAUGACUCGGUUGCAAGCUAAGCUCAAACACAUGAAACAAGUGUUUAGGCAUUGGAAUCGCACGGUUUUUGGGGAUGUGGAUAGGAAGGUCCGUAUGGCAGUUGAGGAGGUUAACAGGAUUCAACAAAUUAUAGAUUCUGUUGGGUUCUCGGAUCAGCUCUAUGCUCAGGAGCUUGAGGCUCAUCUUAUUCUUACGAAGGCAUUGCAUUAUCAAGAUGAGCUUUGGAGAGAAAAAUUAAGGGACCAACGAUUUAUUCAUGGGGAUAGAAAUACUGCCUAUUUUCACCGAAUAUCUAAAGUCCGAGCGACAAAAAAUACCAUAUCUUUUCUACAAGAUGGAGAUGCAGUUAUUACUGAUCCUGCUCGCAUCGAGGUACAUGUCUUAAAUUAUUUUCAAGCCAUCUUUAGUGUCGACAAUAGCUGCAUUCAGAAUGACUUGGUUGUCGAUACUAUUCCUUCGUUGGUCUCGAACGUGGACAACAAUUCUCUUCUUCGGCUUCCUCUGUGGGGGGAGGUUAAAAAUGCGGUGUUCACUCUUAACGGAGACGGCGCUCCCGGACCUAAUGGGUUUGGGGGUCAUUUUUAUCAGACUUAUUGGGACAUUGUUGGUGCAGAUGUCAUUCAAUCGGUGCAGGAUUUUUUUAUUUCUGGUCAGCUGGCUCAAAAUAUUAAUUCUAAUCUGAUUGUGUUGAUUCCGAAGGUUCCUGGGGCGCGUGUUAUGGGGGACUACCGCCCUAUAGCACUUGCUAAUUUCCAGUUCAAAAUUAUUUCUAAAAUUCUUGCAGAUAGGUUGGCUGACAUUACUAUGCGGAUUAUUUCUGUUGAACAACGUGGCUUCAUCCGUGACCGUGAUAUUUCUAAAUGUGUCAUUCUUGCAUCUGAAGCUAUUAAUUUACUUGAGAAGCGGCAAUAUGGUGGUAAUGUAGCUCUAAAAGUUGAUAUUGCAAAGGCAUUCGAUACGUUAGAUUGGAAUUUUCUUCUUGCGGUGCUUCAGCGGUUUGGUUUUGAUGAAAAAUUUGUGCAUUGGAUUUUGGUGAUUUUGCAAUCCGCUCGUUUAUCAGUCUUGGUUAAUGGGAAAGCCGUUGGGUUCUUUACUUGUUCGCAUGGUGUUCGCCAAGGAGACCCAUUGUCACCGCUUCUUUUUUGUCUAGUUGAAGAGGUUCUUAGUCGGGCGCUUUCCAUGGCUGCGACUGACGGACAACUCAUUCCAAUGUCCUAUUGUCGUGGAGUAUCUUUCCCCACUCAUAUUUUAUACGCUGAUGAUGUUUUGAUUUUUUGCACAGGUACUAAGCGUAAUAUCCGUAGACUUAUUAAAAUUUUUAGUCAGUAUUCGGAGGUUUCUGGUCAACUCAUUAAUAAUGCAAAGAGUCGAUUCUUCACUAGUGCCAUGACUGGUUCGCGUGUUCAAAUGAUUUCCUCCCUCUUAGGUUUUAAUGUGGGAUCGCUGCCAUUUACUUAUUUGGGGUGUCCAAUUUUUCGAGGAAAGCCUAAGGUGUCGCAUUUUCAAAUAAUUACUGUCAGGAUCAAAUCAAAGCUCUCCACUUGGAAAGGUACUAGUCUAUCUAUCAUGGGUCGGGUGCAACUUGUUAAAUCUAUUAUCCAUGGAAUGCUAGUCUACUCUUUUCAUGUUUGUACGGUCUCUUGGAAAAUUCUUUGUCGUCCGUGGUCCGAAGGUGGUCUUGAUAUAAAGUCCACAAGGUUGAUUAACAAUGCUGCCAUGCUGAAAUUAGCUUGGAACCUUCUUUCUUCUAACUCUCAAUGGGCGGUUUUACUCAAGAGAAGGUUUUUCUCUCAAGGGCAGCCUAUCCGGUAUUUUGUCAAGUCUUCGGUUUGGCAUGGUGUUAAGAACCAUAUGAGCAUUCUUCGUCAAAACAAAUUAUGGAUAGUGGGAACGGGUGAUAGAAUUAAUCUUUGGACAAACAAUUGGCUUGGAGAACCGUUGGUAACCUUAUUUAAUAUUGAUCCUUUCUUUCAUGCUAGCUUCACUGGUAAAGUCUCGGAAGUUAUUGUUAAUGGUAAUUGGGAUCUGCCUGCAUCCCUAUUGGUUCCUGAAGUUACGUCCAGGUUGGCUAGUAUCACGCUGCCUCGUACAGAGCUCCCUGAUUCUCUUGUUUGGACUCAUUCUGCUGACGGCCAGCUCACAUCAAAACAUGCUGUUUCUUUUCUAAGGUCGGCUGCUCAUUUGUUGCCUUGGGCAGACCGAAUUUGGAACAAUUAUAUCCCUCCAUUUCAUUCAUUUUCUUUUUGGCGGCUGAUGCAUGGUAAGAUGCCCACGGAUGAAAACCUCCGGACUAAGGGUUGUGUUAUAGUCUCUGUUUGUUGCUUUUGUUUUAAUUCUAUCGAGACGUCACAUCAUUUAUUCCUUCAUUGUUCUUUUGCGUCUGCGCUGUGGUCUUGGCUGGGGGGGAAGCUUCAUCGUUCGAUAGAUUGCUCCUCUGUUGACUCUCUUCUUCAUUGCAUACCUAUUCAUUGCUCAUCCCAAGUAUCUGAUAUUUAUUUGGCUGCAGUCCUCCAUACGGUGCACGUAAUUUGGUUAGCCAGGAAUGCUUUUCGUUUUCAAUCUCAGUUGCAAUCGAUUCAAUCUGCAAAAGCCCGCAUACAUUCUUUGAUUGCAAUGUCCGGCAAUGUUUCGACAGGUAAAUGUUUACAUUCUGACUCGGCUAUUCUUGAGGAAUUCUCGGUUUCACCUCGUCACCGUAAAUACAAGGACAUUAUUUUGGUGUUAUGGAAGAAUCCUUCCCCUCCUUUGCUGAAAGUUAAUACAGAUGGUUCAGUCGUUGGUGGGUUAGCGGCUUGUGGGGGUCUUUUUAGGGACUCUUCAGGUUCAUUCCUCGGUGCAUUCUCUUGCAACAUAGGCCUGGCCUCGGUUUUUCAUGCGGAAACUCUUGCUUUUAUCCUUGCUCUAGAGCAUGCGGCACAUCAUGGAUGGAGGAACCUUUGGCUGGAGAGUGACUCAACUAGUGCUUUGAUGAUAUUUUCAAAUUCUUCCUUAGUUCAGUGGUUGCUUCGGAACAGAUGGCAUAACGCUCAACGACUAGGGAUUCAGGUUAUCUCUUCUCAUAUUUUACACGAAGGUAACAGAUGUGCGGACAAUUUAGCGAAUAUGGGUCAUGGGAUUCAAGGUUCUAUUUGGUUAGAAACGCUUCCAACUGAGCUGCAUUUGGAUUUCUAUCGCGACAGAAUUGGUUUACCUUCUUUUAGAUUUCCUUAG